AAAAUGUUCAAAAUUCUUGCAUUAUUUUUAUUAGCUUUGUCAUCAACAAAUGCAUUCUGGACAGCAUGUACUGAUCGUGCUGGAGCAAUCGCUCCCAAUAGAGUCGAAUCUGCUUCAUGCAGUGGAAGCUUGUGCACUGUUGUUCGUGGAGAAACAUUAGUUGCUGAUGCCUUUGCCACAUUCACAUCUGCUCACUCUGUUUUGACUGUUCGAGUAACUGCUUACAUUCUCGGAAUCGGUGUCAAUCUUCCUCAAGAUCCACCAUAUGAUAAUGCUUGCAAUAGCAUUUUCAUUAAUGGAGUUAUGACUGGAUGCCCAACAACGCCAAAUGUUGAGUCAUUAUGGAGAAUUCAAAUGCUGGUUCCAACCACAUAUCCAGCAUUCCAAAAUACACGCGUUCGAUAUGAACUUCUAGAAAACAAUAAUGUUGUUGCCUGUGCCAAUAUUCAAGCCACAUUGACAUAA